CCCCCCCCCCCCCAAUUUGCAGGGUUAUUGACUUGUCUCACGCCCUUGAUUUUCCAUCGUACUCGCGUUCGCUUCCUGAGCGGCAUCAAACAAUGCUCGUCUAGCCAUGCGAGGGAAAAUAUCGCAGAAUUUAGGCAUCGGCCUCGGAGUACGGCCAUUUUCCCGCGACACUCCCCAAGACUUACUACCUAGUUGUCUGUGCCUCAGUUGAACCUGUAGUAUAUCUGACUCAGCCAUAUAUUCAGCUGUGGCUGCACGUCGGUUUUAUUUAUACAACCCCAACUCCCUCAUCACGGCAACCGUCUUCUGCCCACCAAGCAACCACAAUAUACGACUCCGUGAACCGAGGCACCACUUCAUUGGGAGAAUUAUCAUAUCGCAAGAAUCCAUCAUGGCUGCCGACAUCACAGCUACGUUGGGCUUGCCCGACCUCGUCAAACCCGUUCUCAGCAAUAUCACCAAGCCGAGUAUCGCCAACGUCAGCUCUCCAGUUCUCGCCACCAUUGUUCGCGACGCCUACCGCGCUGCCUUCAAGGCCCGUGUCGCCGCCGGUGAAGCAAGGCCAUACGUGUUUCCCUACAACAUGUUUGCUAGUCACAUCCUUCCGAUUCUCUACAUGUCUAUCCCCCACACGAAGCGGCCAUGGCUCUACCGUGCGAGAUGGCUUGUUGUCGCUUUUAUCAUCAUAUUCGACCUAGACAUCAUGAAAUACACCUCCAGCACCAACAUGUCCGUAUCGUAUGUCGUCGGGGUACACUCAUUUUUCGGCAUCAUGAUCGCCCUCACCAUGUUGGUGUUCACAGCUCCGCAAUUCGACUACGAAAGAGUCGCUCGCAGAAAGGCCAAGAAGCCGGCAUCCUCUCCCAAAUCCUCAAAGCCCUCCAGCAGAUCCAACUCGCCGAAUGGGUCUGGGCUCAGGAAACGAGCUGGCAGCAAAAAGCGAAGACUCGCCCGAGUGACAGCACCAGAGGUCAACCUUGAUGAGUACGAAUAUUACUGGCAAGCUUAUCCGGAGGAUGGAACCUUCCUCGAAAGACUCAGCUGGGUCAUUGAUCUCUACACCAACUUCAGGGGAGUCGGUUGGUCUUGGGCCGUCUCGUCGGUACCUAGCCCAGCCCCUCCUGAACGACCCGGCACAGGCGAGAUGGUCAAGAUGGACACAAUACCAUUGGAGACAUUCGUCGGAUGCCAGACGUAUAAGGAUGAGAAUGAGUUCCUGCGAAGGAAGCUGCUCUCUAUUGGAGCUGCAUAUGUCUUCCUCGAUAUCUUCAAAGUCACCGUUAUGGAGGACCCCUAUUUCGUCCUCGGCAGCAGCUCCCUUCCCCUCCCUCCUCACCUAGCGGUACUCCCGUCUUGGCUCGUGCCUGUGUACCGUCAUGCUGCCGUCAUUGGUGUCAUUUACGCCGGGAUGGUCAUGAUUUUUAGCAUUCACGAUCUGUUCCAGUACUACUUCCUUAGCAAGGUCUACCCCAUUCGGGGUGAGCUGUGGCAAUAUGCGACAGUGUUCGGCUCCUUUAGCCAGAUCCUGGACAGGGGCUUGGCUGGAUUUUGGGGUUCUUGGUGGCAUCAGACUUUUCGGCAAUCCUUCUCCGCGCCGGUCAACUUUGCCAUUAAGCAAGGGUAUCUGAAAAAGGGGGCACGCAGCACGAAGAUGGUUAGCCUGUUGGUUGCCUUCCUCCUCUCGGGCCUGCUGCACGCCGCCGGAAGCGUCAGCUCGAUCCCCGAUACGAAGUGGUGGAAGCCUGCUCUCUUCUUCUGGCUGUCAGGCGUGGGUGUGGUCGUCCAGCAGUCGUUCUGCACCACCCUGAAGCCUCAGAUUUCGAGGCUGCCCCGCGUCUUGAGGAGGCUCGGAAACCUUCUCUACGUGGCCCUGUGGCUGCACAUCACCGUCCAGCCGCUGACGGACGACUUUGCGCAGACCGGUCUGUGGCUCAUGGAGCCCGUCCCCGUUUCUCUUGUUCGUGCGUUGGGUUUCGGACGCGGAGAGGUCUCUUGGUGGAAGCCCGACAUGGAAUCGUUUUUACAUUGGCAUACUGGAAAGCAUUGGUGGGACUCUGGGUUCAGGUAUUAGAGCAUGGGCGCAGGCCUUAUUACAGCGUUAGAGUCCGAACGAGCUAUAGUUUCAAACCGUCUCAUAUAUCGCAAAGAUACUCGUUUCUCUUCUCCUCG